CUCUGUCAAAAAUAAAUUACGUUCUUUGGUUCUUUGCAUUUGUUGACAACCUUCAGUUUAUUGUGAAUCCUUAAAAAUGGCAAAAUCGAAGAAACAAGAGGAUGUGAAACACAAAUCACACAAAAAGUCCAAAAAACAUUCAAAGUCGUCGAGAGAAUCUGCUGGUGAGGAUGACUUCAAGAAAGUAAGUUCGCUAAAACGUAAACAAACAGAAGUGGCACGUGUGCUGCAACUCAAAUGCACCAUGCUGCUACAGGGCAAUCUUUCUUAUUUGGAAUACACCGAAUUGCAAGAAGAACUGUGCCGUCUUAAUGCAUUAAAAGAAUCAUUUGCGAAACAAUCCGCUGGCCUAGAGAAGAGGUAAAACUGUUUUGGGAUUAUAAAAUAUAUUUUUGGAUAAUGUACAAUCGACUUAAGUUUCAAUAAUUAUUAAUACUAAAAAAAAGCU